ACAGGCCGCAGUCGAUAGCGGGCUUUUCCUCAGUGCGUGCUGAAGUAAGCACUGCUCUACGCAUUUCUCUCCUGUCAUCUCUGUGUUUUUGUGAUACCGGACCAUCCCAGCUGGAGCUUUGAGCGCUCGCCUCAUCCAUGCGUUUAGUGGAAUAAAGCAACUGUUUUUGUGUUUACUGUGACCGAGAUGGCAACGAAGUCCGUGUGGUCGCCCCCGUAUCGUCGUCGGCAACGCUGGUGCAAGUCGGCGGACGAGGCGACGACAAGCGAUGAGGACUUGCUCUCGGAUGCGGGCAUCGACGUCGACGAUGACGAGGGCUUGGAAUGCGUACCCACGGGAAACAAGUUGAGUUCUUCGAGUAAAUUGACUAUUCCAACACCAAGAAUGGAUACAUAUAGAUUUUCCAUGGCCAAUAUGGAAGAUAGCCAAGAUGUGGAGCUGGAUGCCAUCCUAGGCGAACUCUGUGCCCUGGAGGAUAAGCUGGAUCGGGAAAUUAUGCCUAAGAGCCAGUCUGCCAACCAGGCCCUGGGGAAUACCUGGGUGAAUUCCAGGCCUACGAAUGUGGCGAACAAUCAGAAUUGUAACAACAGCAACAACAAUAACAGAAACCAGUCAGAAAGCAAAUCUAAUUCUGGUCAUAAUAGAUCCAAUUCUGGUGGUGGUGGCACGAGGCCAAAAUUCGAAAUCGGAGGUCUGCAAGUGGAUAUGUACUGCGAGGAUUUUCUGCGUUCCCAGAAAGGAGAUAUGGGUAUGAGGACUGAAAGCCCAGACAAUGAUUCGGCCUUUUCCGACAAUGUCUCCAUGUUGUCCUCGGAAUCUUCUGCCUCUUCUGGAGGUGUUCGUGGGGAGGGCCACUCUAGCAGAAGUAUGUCCUCGCAGAGCAGCUGUAUGUCCCUCGCCUCCUCCCCAACACAGGUCGAGCAGGCUGCCCGAUUAAAGGCCGAAAAAAUCAAAAUCGCUCUCGAAAAAAUGAAAGAAGCUAGUAUCAAAAAGCUUUUCAUCAAAGCAUUCAGUGCCGACAAUAGCGCCAAGAGCUUGUUGAUAGACGAACGCAUGACGGUGGGUCACGUGUGCAAGCUGUUGGCGGAAAAGAAUCACGUGGCCAUGGAUCCAAAGUGGGCGUUGGUGGAACAUAUCCCCGAACUUUACCUCCAACGUGUCUAUGAAGACCACGAGCAUGUUGUCGAAAAUCUAUUGCUGUGGACACGGGAUUCGUGCAACCGUUUGUUUUUUCUAGACAGAGGGGAGAAAUACGAUUUAUUUAAAAAUCCACAGAAUUAUCUGCUAGGCGGCACUUCCUCCGAAAAGCAUCUGGAGUUGGACGAUGAUGCCAAAAACGUGUUGCUCGAUGAAUUCUUUUCAACAUCAAAUGUGGGCGUACCCGAAGUGGAGGGCCCUCUCUAUUUGAAAAGUGAUGGCAAAAAAGCUUGGAAAAAGCAUUUCUUCGUCUUGAGGGCUUCAGGGCUUUAUUAUUGCCCCAAAGGAAAAUCAAAGUUAUCAAAAGAUCUUCUGUGUUUGACUACUUUCGAUAUGAACAAUGUUUACCUGGGUUUUGGCUGGAAGAAAAAGUACAAGUCGCCGACUGAAUUCGGAUUUGCGAUCAAGCAUCCCCAGAUUCAAACGAAAUCUUCAAAAUACAUCAAAUACCUCUGUGCGGAUGACGAAAUGACUCUCAGGCAGUGGAUGAUGGGUAUACGCAUAGCCAAGUAUGGGCUUCAACUGAAAGAAAACUAUGAAAAUCUCUUGCGUGACAUAGCGGAAGAGGACUUGGAGACACUGGCCAAUGCCCGUAGCUUUUCUGUUUCUUCUGUUGCGAAGACGGCGACGAGUCAGCAAGAGAGUUCGCACCACAGCUCAGAGAAAGACCUGGACCAGAUGGAGGAUGAGUUGCCGGGCACUCUGGAAAAGCUGCAAAAACUAAGGGUUAUCAGCCGCCAGGAUUCCAUCAAGUCUUCUAAGUCAAACACGAGCAGCAGCAGUGGGUGUCCAUCCGAACGGUCUAGUAGUGGGACUCCAACAACCGAUCAUUUGGUAUUCGAUGCUGACUUCCCAAUGGGUACCAUUAAGAGAAAACCGAGCAUGACUCCAAAGAUUCCCUUGACAACAACCACUCGCAAUCUGGCUAAACAGUCUGGAGAAGAAGGCCCUCUUCUCGAUGGUCAAAAUACCAACGGCAGUGGAAGUGGGGGCAGCAGUUGCAGUGGCAGUCUCAGCGGUAGUCUUGGCAGGUCUACCUGCGGUCGAUUCAGUUUAAGAAGAUCGCAUACAGAUGAUAGGAUAUCACUAGGCAGCUUGUCCAGAAAGAAAAACCAGCAAAAUCUCCAAGAAACACCACCAUCUAGUCUACUUCGGGAUGAUUUGCCACUCCCUCCUCCUCCUCCCGAGGUCAACUCAUCAGAGUGUAUGAAUUUUGAUACCCUACCUCCUCCUCCUCCUGAAGCAUUUAGGACAACAAAUACUUUGAACUUGGAAAAUUUGUCACCUCCUCCUCUCAUAACUCCUGAUACCAAUGAAGAUCUAAGUUGGUUGAAUGAGUCAAACAUUCCUCCUCCACCUUGUCUGCAAAAUGAUGAUGUCCUUAGUCCUGAAAGUAAGGGCAAGAAGACAUCACCUGCCGUGCCUCCAAAACCUCGAAAGGGCAUCCGACGCAGACAGUCAGAAAGUGAUGCUCGUGCCACGCCACCUCGACUGGUCGAGCACCAGAAUGGACUUGUUGUGAUAAAACCAAAGCCUUCAAAGCAGAACUUACAUUUGAACUGGAAAUGCUGUGAUGAGAAUGAAUGGGCACCAACAAUAUCUCCUUGUUCGCAAGUGGACAGAACUUCCCAUGCAGAGAAUGCUAAACCUAGUGCGGUAUCCCGAAGCAGAAGGACAAGUGCACCUUGUGCAGCUUCCAACCAGUUACAAGUACACUCUGUCAUCUCACCCUCUGAUGCAUCUAAACCAACUGCAAUUGACAGAAAAUCUCGAUCACAAUUUAAACCUUCCCCUCCAAAGAGGAGUGAAAAUACAAAACUCUCUUCAGCCUUCACUGCACCUCAGCGGAGAUCUGCAUCUGCCUCAGCAGCCCCUUAUGACCAAGAAGAAUACCCACCAGAAACAUUUCUAAAAAACUUACAAAAGGUAAUGGUGAGGAAAUGGAAAGUAGCUCAGCAGCUGUCACUAGAUAAUAACAGUUCAACUUCACAUCAGAUUCUGGGAUUUAGAGAUCCAAACUAUUUACCAGCAGCCAGUCAUCCAUUACAGCGAUCUCCAUCAUCGCCUCCACCCUUACCUAACCACACUGACAGGCACCAUUUCAUACGAUCCACAUCACAAUCAAGACCUGAAAUGUCCAGAAUGGAAAAUAAAACUUACGUAGCCAAUGCCAAAAAACAAGCCCCACCACCACCGCCCAAAAGCAGCAAAGCUUCCCGGGGGUGAUAACAAAUCAGAAGAUAAUUAAAAAUAUGCUUGUGCUCAACUGGGUGCUGUCUUCAGAAGACAUGAAAACUUUAUAAUGUGCUUUGAUACAUUUUAUGGAAAGAAAAAUAUUUACUGCCGAUAGUCUUUUUAGCAAUUAAGUAAAGUCGUAUUCUCAGAAAAAUACUUUUCAUUCUUGGUCUCUGCGUUUAGGAUGUUGGUCUUCUUUGAGAGUCACAUAGAACAGUUUUUGAAAAAUACUCCCAACAGUAUUUUUGCAUAUGGAUAUUAUAUUUCUGUGAAAAUGCUAUCUGUAAUCUGCUGGUGGCCUUCCUAGGCACAUUGUUCACUUCUUUAAGUAAGGCUUCCUAACUGCGUACGUGUUCUUAAACACUUAUUUUUCAACUGUUCACCAGUUUUUGUUUAUUAUAAUGCAUAUCAGAUUAUUUAUGUUUCAUAUCAAUUCUUAUAUGUCUCGUUUAAUGUUCAGGUUUUCCAAAAUUGAAUAAUUUUGAAUGAACACAUCUUUUUUUUAUAUCUCUUUCGCAUCUAUAAUCAACAUGUCAAAAUUUAAGUUUUUACCAAAGAUACAUAUAUUUUUUAGAUGUGUAGCUUGUGUUUCAUAUGAAUUUUUAAGACUGAACUAUUUAAAAUAUUAAUUUGUUUCUUCCUAACUUGCCACUUUUAAGACUUUAGCAAAUAUAUGAUUUCCAAAUUCAAGAAUUGGUUCUAUAUAAUAUUUUUCUCUUGCACAUAUUUCAAAUUGAAAUCAUAACCAGAAUGUUGUUUUAUUCACAAGGAUCACAGGAAUCUUUGUUAUAUUUUACAUCAAUAAUUUUAAAUUAAUUUAAAUAUUAUAAAAGUUAAUUUGCAUAGCAACAUAUAUGUUGCAUCAUUAUAUUUAGAACUUACGAAUCACAACAAUUAUUUUUAUUAUUAAAACAGAAAAAAAGGUAUAUAGAAAUGUGUUUAUCUCCAGAAUAAACAAGAUUGAUUUUGAUGCAAUUAAUUCUUUUUAAUUUGAUAAAUGUAUAAAUUUGAGCAUACUGAUUAAAUUGUAUAUUUGAUUGGUUAUUCCUGCAUAAUUAAGACUAAAGGAUAUGUAGUCACUGCAAAAUAUUACAAAAUGAACACAAAUUAUAUUUUCACGUAAUGUUGUUUCCGAUUGUGUUGAACACAAAUCGAAAAAUUAUUUGAGUUCUGAAGAAUGCAGUAACAAUAAUGUUUAUGUUUGGUUGUAAUACUUGUUGAAUUUUUAACCUCUUUCCUGUAUAGUGUAUUGUAGAAAGCCUUAUAGCUAGAGCUUAUAAUGUUAUAUACCAAAACAUUUUCAGAAUGAAACACCUGUUCUACUUAUUUGGUCUGUAUGGUUCCUUAUGGUUUUCCAUAAUCGUUUCUAGCGCACAUUUAGUGUAUAACUUGUACUUAUUUAUGUUAAAUUAUUUGUGCCAAUAUAGUACGUAAUCUUUGUGCUUUAUCUAAAAUUGGCUGGUCCAAUUGUAUUUGAUCUUCCUGUUUAAGCUUUUUUUUAGAAACAAAAUAUUAAAAAGGUGAAUGAAAUUAUAAAAAAAAAAGAGAAUUAUUAAACUUGAGAGUAAAAUAUUGUAAAAGUGUCAGCUGCAGUAGAGUUUUAAAACAUGUAAAAAAAAAAAAAAAAAUGAAUGAGCUUAUUGUAUGAGAGUAUAGGAAUAUUGACAAUACCUCUUCAAAAGAAAAAUAAUCUUAUGGUAUGAGCUCUUAAAACAUAUAUAAAUUUUUGUAUGAGCACAUCCCAACAGCAGUUUCAUAAAAGUGCUGUAAAGAGCUGCAAAAGGAUCAAAUAUAAUAUUAUAUAACAGCAGUGACAAUCUGUCAAAAUCUACUUGCAAAAUAUUUUACAGAGUACAAGAAAUAUAAAAAUUUGUACAGUUUUUUGUCUAAUCAUAUAUAUGAAUUGUUAUGAGUUGUGUAUGUUAUUGAUUAAAUUACAAAACUUAGAAUCUUAAAAAA